AUGAUGCUAACCGGCGACGCAGCGGUUUGGUGGCGCCGCGUCCGCGACAGCGUUGCGUCGUGGCCGGAAGCGCUCGCGCGCCUUCGCGCUGCUUACGGCGUCCAGAAACCUACCUAUCGAGUGUUAAGGGAGGUAUUUGCUACCGAACAAGGCGUAAGUGGCAAGCAAGGGGUUGCGAUCGUAGAUACUGGGGCUACAUAUAGCGUGGCAAGUCCUUUGUUGUAUUCUCUGCUUUUGAAUAGCGGCGUGAGUUUCCGAGAAGUAGAACGCGUCAUCGGUCUCGCCGAUGGUUCACGACAUACGAAGAUAGUCAAGAUCGCAACGGUGACUGUCACAGUAGGUACACGCAACGUCGACACCGAAUUUUGGGUGUUCCCUGGCGAUGAAACUAGGGCGCUUCUAGGUCGCGACUUCAUCGCGAAAGUUGGUAUGAUUUUGGAUAUAGCGCAGGAAGUCUGGUAUUUUGCGGAUAAUCCAGAAAAGAAAUUUCCGUUCGAGCACUCUUACGUGCUUAAAGACACGGCGGUAUUGGACACUCUAUCCGACAUGUGCGACGUGUCUUUACGUCCCGACGAAGGUACAGCUCUGUCAUCCGAGCAGAGGGCCGCACUCAACCAUCUUUUACGAAGGAGGGUCGGCCAGUUCGCUGCAGACGGCGGUGCACAAAAUCAAGGUAAGUGGGAG